GUAGUUUGAGUGAGCGAGCAGCAAAGUGGAGGGAGUGUGCUGUCAUAUACACAGCAAACAAAGAUCCGUGCACGACAAAGCAUUUGGACUGUAACAAAAACGAGUUCGGUGUAUUCAGAAAAAGAAAACAACACUGUCUGAAAAAAGCACAUUCCUGUUCGCUUUGAAACUGUUGUGUAGCGUAUAAACACCAGUGCAAUAAAGAAGUGAACUCUGGAUGUACAAAGCUGUGAACUUCAAGUUGGUGUUUUCUGGAGGACAGGAGUAAGCAGUCCAUUCGGUGAUUAGAGGACAAAUAAUCGGCUGAGCGCUUUGAACUGCACAGUUGAAGAGUGGAAACCGGAAUGCCUAAUCCAACAGCCUGUGUUCAGCGUCUAACAGGACUGCGAUGGAUGUGAUGCGAAAAUAUCUGGAAAUACUUGUACCACCGCUAGUCUUUGGUUACUGACUGACUCUCUUGUUUUUCCUAUACAUUUAUUAUAAUAGAUAUAAUAUAUAUUAAUCCGCUGAAAGCUUCAAGAUGCCGAUCUUAAAGCAGCUGGUUUCGAACACCUCCCAGUCAAAGCGUCGUUCCCGGGCUGACCUGACUGCGGGGAUGAUCAGCGCUCCCCUGGGCGAUUUCCGCCACACCAUGCACGUGGGGCGAGGUGGGGAUGAGUUUGGGGACACCUCGUUCCUCAGCACCCGCUCCGGAGAGCCCCCGCGGCAAACAGAGGACCAGCCACCGUGCCCGCAGCAAACGUCCCACCCUCCCAGCUCCAAACCGGGGUUCCUGUCCCGUACAUUCAGACACAGCAAGAGGUCCUCGUCCGUGACGCGGGUAGACAAACGGGAGUCCACUCUGGCACCGGCCAGCGGCUCCCCCGCCUUCGUGAAGGCCGCGGUGUCCCUCCCAUAUCUCAACGACGACACCGAGGCGGGGCAAGGGGGCGGCAGCCUCAGCAGUGUUCGCAAAAGCCUCUCCUCCAGCCCUCUCAAGAAGCUGCCGUCCUACGAGAAGCCUGUCAACGGUGCCGCAGCCUCCAAGCCGUGCGAGCAGGAGAUCCAAGACGAGCGAGACUUCGGGGAGCUCACAGAUCUGCCCCCUGCGUCGCUCCCCCGGGCGGGAGGAGGGAUGAAACACGCCGAAUCCAUCAUGUCCUUCCACAUCGACCUGGGCCCGUCCAUGCUGGGCGAUAUCCUAAGCGUCAUGGAUAAUAAGGCCUGGGAAGAGGACGAUCUAGGGUUCGAGGAAGGUAAGAGCAGCGAGGGGAGGGGGUCGCCAGCUCCCGCCACCCUGGAGCAGCUCCCAGCGAAACCUGCCAUGGUUUCAGAAAGCGAGAACCACACUGCCCCCUUCAGUCCAGAGGUCAGGCUGCGGCUCCCUCGCCAGCAUCUGGACAGCUGCUCUGUGUCCAGCUCCGGGUCUGCAGCUCUGGAGGAGAAGCCUCCCACUGGGGAGUUCCAAGUGCAGGGGGAGACGGACAGUGCCAAGUUCAGCUCCCCACGGGGGGAGGAAGACAAGGAUUUAUCAUUUAUGGAUGAGGACGACGACGAAAUAACAGUAUAAACAAAACAAAAAAUGUGUAGCUUAUUAAAUAAAUUAAUUAAUUCCAAUAAAUAAAAAAAAAGUAAUCAGACGCCUAAAAAGUCAUUUGGGUGUUUUAGGACUGGACUUUCAAAGAAAAGAAACAUAUAGCAAUAUUGUCUCCUGGAUUGGUUAUUCUCUAGGAUUCUGGGAAGCUAGUAUUUAACUUUCGUUGGAAGGGAAAAGUCUCCUUAAACUUUAACAUGAUAGAACAUAUUUUGCUGUAUUUUGAAUUAAUUUAAACGUUGUAAUUUGGAUCCAAUACUAGAAACUAGAUUAACUGCAAUGGGAAAAAAAGAAUUCCAUUUUAGAUCUUUUAGGUCUUUGCAGUAGCAAGUUUAUUACAGAGAUCUAAUCGGGGGGGGGGGGUCCAUUAUGAAAACUAGCUGCAGCUGAUCUGUGUGAAGAUUGCAGAUAAGAAGAUACAGAAAGCAGCAGCUGUGUGGUUAAACUGCAUACAAUGCUGCGUGUAGUUCCAGCACAGAUCAGCUGGUCAGUCUAGUCGGUACGCUGCAAUAUAAUCUGUGAUAAUUCAGAAGUACCAUUUAGGAACAUGAAGGAUGACACUAAUGAUACAGAAUUACAAAGCUUAAAUUAGCAGUUCCCUGAAUGGACAUGCACAAUGUAGAGAAAGUUAGAUCCCAAACUAAAUACAUUUAUUAACAGAACAGGACAAAGUGCAACAGUGCCCAGCUGAGAAUGUGCAAAACAGAUGUUAAAGUCGCUCAUGCAAAGACACUAUUUCAACAUGGCCGAGCGAGCAAUGCAGAUCCCUGCAGCUAAAAACCUCACUGAAUUGGUUCUAAUAAACCGUGGUAAUGAAAUCCAGCUUCCCUCCUUCCUAAUGAAAAACACUUAGUGGGGGAAAAGAACUUGCUAAUCCUUUAACUGAUGCUGUAUAUUUCCCUGCAGUUAAGAGAGAUGACAGCAGCCAAGGACCAUUUUGAGAAAAAAAAAUAAUAAUGCUGGUAUAGAAAGAAUUUACAGUAGCUCAUCUGUUCUUUCCUUGUGUCUUACUGAGAUUAUGCUUAAGAGGAUAAUGAACAGUUUUCCAUUAUUAUUAUUAUUAUUUUUUUUUUUUUAUUAAUUAGAGGACCUCUAGAGAAUUAAUGUAGAAUGAGAACUUGUAUUGGCUACUCCUGAAAAUUUAAAGAGAGAUAGACUGUGCGGUAGAGGAGGAGGAUAAUGCUUCUUCUGGGAAAUGUAGUCUUUACCACAAGGACUUGCUAUACAUGGGCCAGCUAUUGCCUACAGGUUGAACAGGGUGGGAAUAUUGUGAUGGAGAUUGGAAGACGUCAUGUCUGUUUUGUUUUGUUGAUUUUGGGGGAUGGGGUGGGCAUGCAGUGAAUUGGUGCAGAGCACAGAUUUGAACCCAGGACGUCCUGUGGACAAGGCCAAAGACACUAAACUGAAAGGUACUGUUCUUCAGACUGUCGACCAAUCGCACUGCAGAGGAGUAGCAGAUUUACACGUGAUGGAACAGACUUUUUUUUUAUCAAAACUUAUUUGCCAAGUAGGGGAGAACAAAACAACCACCAACUUGUAAAACACUAACUUUUUUUUUUAAUAAAUUUAAAAAAAAAAAAAAAAAAAAAAGGACUGUGGAACUAAUUGUUUUUUUGUAUUUCAGCUGAAAACAACACUUUCAAUAGGAAAAAAUUACUCCUGUCUUAUUAAUCUGCAGAGUGGCCUUUCCUUGAAGCUGAAAGGUUUAGAACAAAACUAUACUGUGUAAGACAAAUCUGGGUACUGUUCUAUUUUUGGGAAAGAGAAGCAGAUGCAAUUGAUGGUUCUUGUAAGCAAAAUAUGGAUCAUUUAUUUUUGAAAAGGAAGAAAUAACUAAUUAUGCUUAUUAUUUAUAAAUAACAUUAAACAAAGAAUGGUGCAUGCUUUACUGUGAAGUACAAGCAAUGAACACUAGCAUGAAAACGUGCUGCAAUCCCUUUAGGUGACCAAUCGAUACUUUUAACAUAGUGGCACAAUUAUACAAUUACAGUAAUUAAAAUCAUGUCUAAAUCCUUCAGGGGGAGUGAUUUAAAUGUCUUAUGUAUGCCCUUUUGUGCCCCAUUGCCUUCAGAGUGAUGAUAAUGAUAAAAAGCAAUACAAAUCAAGUAUUAAAGGGUUAAUUAAGAACAGCCAUUCAAAUCUCAUGAUUUUAUAUUUCUUUCAAAACAAAUCGAAAAAAAAAAAAACACUGGCAUUUGAACUCCAGUGAAAUGUAGCAUGAUAAAAAUAAAAAUGACAAUAUACAGUACAUAUAACGCUCACUAACCCCUCUCUCUGUGUAUCCGUCUGGUGGUACUGUUGACGAUGAAUGGGUUGUCUGUGUCAGAACGGUUUGUUUGUGGAGAGAAAAAAAGAAAAGAAAAUGCAGAUGUGGUUUGGACGUUUUAACUGAAACCACAACAUUGGCAACUUGAAGCAGACUUCCUUUUUUUAAAUAUGUCUGUAAGCGAUGCAACAUGCACCCAACAUGCAGAGAUGGUUGCAGCCAGCCUACAGUACCCUGGGAACCUGUCUGAGGUAAAACUACAGCAAACCAAAUCGAGUCGACCAAAAUGUAGGCUAAUGCCUUCAUCAGCGUCAAGAGAUGAAAGCCUUUGUUUCUUAUAGUUUUCCAUUACAAUUGAGUUUAAUAUGGAUGGAAAAAAAGCCCUCUAAUGAGAUAAUGAACAAGAAGUAUAUUUGUGAAGAAAAUAAUAACAAACAAUGUUCGACCUUAGUCUAUUUUUGAGUAGCUCUCUUGAUAAUGUUGAGUGGACAAUGUUUAAAAAUGUAUGAUUCGCUGUUCCUGCCCUUUCUUCUCAAUAUUGACCUCCUCCUCUGUUCUUAUAUAAAAUAACAAGUAUAUUUUUCAAUAAAAGAAAACUGGGAAUCUGC